AUGCCAAGUAAAAAUUUGAAUGUGGAUGGAAAGUUUGGGGGAAGGCAAUGUAAAGUGAGAAGGAGAAGGAAUUCUUCGUCAUCUUCAUCAUCGUUAGUGAAGAAUUAUCAUAUAAAGCGCGCAAUUUUGGUCGGCAAAAGGGGAGGGUCAAGCACUCCAGAGCCAAUGUGGAAAAUGGUGAAUUCAAGAUCCUCAUCACUCAAAAAUAACAAUGAAUUCAAGAAUUUGGCACCAAAGGGUGCUGAAAAGAGCAAAGAUUUCUCGGUAUCGGCCCGAAAAUUGGCUGCCAAUUUGUGGGAGAUUGAUGGGUUUCCUUCAUCCAGAGUGACAAUGGAAGAUUUGGAAGACAAAAUAAGUGUAGUAGAAAAUGUUAGAAAAGAAACAGUUUUGAAUUCACCCAAAUUGGAUCCAUUUCAUAGUGCUAUUUCUGAGAGAAUGGAUCCAUCUGAAGUGGGCUAUCAUCGAAGAAGAGCAUCAGCUGGUUCUCAAAAACUUCCGCAGGCUGAUUGUAAUCUAGCAAGCAAUAAUUCUCUUCAUACUUGCUUAAUAGAGGUUGAUCAGACGAAAUCUCAUGGACGAAGUCCAUGUAGGCACAUAGUUGGGGUAAAAAGUCGUCUUAAGGAUGUACGUAAUGGCCUUACAACAUCUAAAGAACUGCUCAAAGUAUUAAGUUGCAUUUGUCACCUAGAAGAGCAGCAUGCUACAGGAUUAUCACUUGUCUCGGCCUUAAAAUAUGAGCUUGAUCAGGCAUAUGUACAUGUCAAUAAAUUAAUUCAAGAGCAAAGAACAAACCAUAGUGAGAUUGAUAUCUUGUUGAAUCGGUUCGAAGAGGAAAAGGUACUUUGGAAAAUUAAAGAACAAGACAGGAUUCACAGAGCCAUUACAUCUAUUGCUGGUGAGCUCCAGAUAGAGAAGAGUCUAAGGCGACAAACUGAGAGACUGAACAAGAAACUUGGAAAAGAAUUAGCAAAGACUAAGGAAUCUCUUUCAAGGGCAAUGAAAGAGCUUGAGAGUGAGAAGAGGACGAGAGAGAUAUUGGAGCAAGUAGCCAAUGAGUUGGCCCGAGGCAUUGGAGAAGAUAGGGCUGAAGUGGAGGAACUAAAACAACAGUCAGCAAAAGAUCGUGAAGAGAUGGAAAAGGAGAGGGAAAUGCUUCAACUAGCUGAUGUACUGCGCGAGGAAAGAGUACAAAUGAAGCUUUUGGAAGCCAAGUAUCAGUUCGAGGAGAAAAAUGAACUUGUUGACAAGUUAAGGAGUGAGCUCCAGGCUUAUUUAAAAUCAAAAAUAGGCAAAGAAAAAGCGGAUGGCUCCCCAAGCUAUGAAAAAAUAAAGGAGCUUGAAAAGUAUCUGAGAGAAACAAUGCCCAACUCAUAUCAAUACCAAAAUAUAGAGAAAGAAGAUAAGAAAGCAGUAAAUAAAGCAUUCGAAGAUGAUGAUGAUGAUUCAGCUGAUAGUGAUCUCCAUUCAAUUGAAUUAAAUGGGGAUGAUACCAACAAUAGCUUCCAACGAGGCGAUGCUGUCAAAAACGACUCAAAGAGGAAUUCAAUGGAUACAGGUAAAGUGAGAAAGUCUCUUUCCGGAAAAUCCAAAAAUCCAACCAUUCCCCCCAAAAGAAUAUUUGCAAAUGGCCUAGAGUUGGAAUACACCAAUAAACAAGAAUAUUCAGGCAUGUUUGACAGGGAUAGAUUGUUCGAGUUUUCCUCACAGACUGGGAAAAUGAAUAUUGAAGACGAGAUCGAGAGAUAUAAUAUGAUUAAAGACCUAAGAGACCACAUUGUUUCUAGUUCCAGAAAAGGAUCGUCCCAUGAUUUGCAGAAUACACAUUCAAAUGAUCCUAAUGAAGUUGUACGGGAAGGAUUAACAGUGUUGCAGGAAGCUAUUUGA